AUGGCCAAGAUCCAAAAGAAGGGAAAGAAAGGAGCUGCUGCCACCUACAUUACGAGACAGCAAGCACUCAAGAAGCUUCAAAUCUCACUUGCCGACUUUAGACGCUUGUGUAUUUUGAAGGGUAUCUAUCCUCGUCAACCCAAGAACCACAAAAAGGCCAACAAGGGAUCAAGUGCACCUGCCACGUUUUACUAUGUCAAGGAUAUUCAGUAUCUUAUGCAUGAGCCCCUUCUCGACAAAUUCCGUCAAUACAAGACAUUUGCACGCAAGCUCAACAAGGUACUUCACAAGGGUGAUUACAGCACUGCCAAAUCACUUGAGGAGAAUCAUCGUCCUGUGUACACUUUGGAUCAUAUUGUCAAGGAGAGAUACCCCACCUUUGUUGAUGCAUUGCGUGAUCUCGAUGAUGCCAUUUCCAUGUUGUUCUUAUUCUCAAAGAUGCCUGCUGACAACAAAAUCAAGUCUCGUGUCGUUCAUGAUUGUCAACGAUUGAUUGCCGAAUUCCAAGCCUAUGUCAUGAAGUCUCGUAGUUUGAGAAAGGUGUUCUUCUCCAUCAAGGGUAUCUAUUAUCAAGCAGAGAUCAAGGGUCAGACCAUCACCUGGAUUGUUCCUUAUCAAUUCUCUCAAUCGACCCCCACCGAUGUCGAUUUCCGUGUCAUGCUUACUUUCCUUGAAUUUUACAUUACUUUGAUGGGUUUUGUCAACUUCCGAUUGUACAACGAGCUCAACAUUAGCUAUCCACCAAAACUCGAAGCAUCGAGCGGCAGCAUUCAAUUGGAUAAUGUCCCAGCAAGCUUAAAGCAGGCUGAUGAUGACGAGGCAACUGGUGCUGAUGCCACGACCACGCUUGACGAGUUUAAGACGGUUGGAUCCAAUGAGAAUGAGGAUGAGGAAGAAAACGAGGAUGCUGGUGCAGCCACAUUGCGUCAAAUCCAAGAACAUUCACAAGAGGUUUCGUCCUUGCGCAACUUGUUCUCAAAGUGCGUCUUUUUCUUGUCACGUGAAACACCCCGCUAUGCUUUGGAAUUCAUGAUUACAUCGUGUGGUGGUCAAGUCAGCUGGGAUGAGACUGUGGGUCCCAAUCCUCCUUAUCCUGAAUCAGAUGAACGUAUCACUCAUCACAUUUGUGAUCGACCCACUGUCAACAAUCGUGUUCUUUCUCGUGCUUAUAUUCAACCCCAAUGGGUGGCCGAUUGUAUCAACCGUCGCAAAUUGGUCCGUCCUUCUCUUUACGAGCCUGGCAAAGAAUUACCUCCUCAUUUGAGUCCAUUCGUCGAAGUCAAGGAAGGCGAUUACGUUCCUGAUGAUAUUGAGGAUGACACUGCUGAACAAGACACCGAGGAAAAGGAAAAUGCUGCUGCUACAAACGAGGCUACCAAGAAUGAGGAUGAAGUAUACGAAGAGGAAUUGAAGGCAGAGGCUGAAGGUGUCACCUUCUCUGAAUACAAGGGUGAUGAUGAUGGCAAGAAGAAGAAGAAAUCAGCUGGCAAGAAACGAUCAGCCACGGAGAUUGAUGAAGACGCUGAACAAAAGGAAAUGGCUAUGGGCAUGAUGAGCAUCAAGCAAAAGAAACUCUACAAGAUUAUGAAGGCCACCAACCAGCGUAAGGCUGAUGAGACUGCCAAAUUAGAACGCAAAAAGAGAGCACUCAAAAAGUCAAAGAACUAA